CUUCCUCUUCCUCUAAAAAUUCUCCAGGAAAAUCGAAUUUUUUCUCGGGAAAAUCUUGUAAACCUUUAGAGAAACAUGACUGGCGUUGGUGAUGAUAAGGACUUCAAUGACAAAGAAGAGCCUGAGAUUCAAGUUUUGAGCAGCGACGACGAUAGUGAUGAAGAACAACAAGUUAAAGCCGGUGGUGAAGAUGGCAGCGACGACGACGAAGAAGAUGCGAGUGAAGGAGACGAUGAUGAUGAUGAUGAGGAUGAAGAAGAAGACGAUGACGAUGAUGAUGUUCAGGUUUUGCAGUCUUUAGGUGGUCCUCCUGUACAAUCAGCGGAAGAUGAAGAUGAGGAAGGUGAUGAAGAUGGUAACGGAGAUGACGAUGAUGAUGAUGGUGAUGAUGAUGAUGACGACGAUGAUGAUGAUGAGGACGACGAUGCUGAAGAUGAGGCUGAUCUUGGGACAGAGUACUUAGUGAGGCCAGUUGGUAGAGCUGAAGAUGAGGAGGAUGCAAGUGAUUUUGAGCCGGAAGAGAAUGGUGUGGAAGAAGACAUUGAUGAAGGAGAUGACGAGGAGAAUGAUAACAACUCGGGUGGUGCGGGGAAAUCAGAGGCUCCACCACCAAAGCGGAAGAGAGGUCCUGAAGAAGAUGAAGAUGAUAGUAGUGGUGAUGAAGAUGAUGAGAGACCUCCAAAGAGGUAGUAUUCAAAUCUGAUAACAAACACAAUGGAAACCAAAAGAGAGCUUUUAUGUUUUCUUUUUUAAACAAAAUUUGGGUGUUGUGAGAUUUGGAUCAUUGGUUGGGUUGGGGUUCAUGUAAGUUUAUUAUGGAGCAACUAGUUGAGUAGUAGUUUUUUAAGUUUUAAGUAGGGGGCUCUUCUUUUUUUAUGCAUUGCUGUUUCCUUUUUUUUAGUGAGUCAAUCAAUAACCAAUGAAUGUUUCUCCAACCAUGUUGUACCUUAGUGUCUUCUUUAGAGCUUUCUUUUUCAUA